GCUGUCAUAAUUUUUAGAAAAUUAUCUACCAAGUGAUUUCAUAUCUGCUAUCCAAAAGCUCAGUACAUCAAUUUAUGAGUUUAACAAUGGCAGCCACAAGCUCCUCAAUUCAAAACCAAUCAAUUCACUCCCUUCUUUCAUCUUCUCCCAUCAAAGUUCCCAACUUUAAGCCUCUCUUUUGGCCAUGGCAAAAGAAGAAGGUGAAGAUGGGUCCACUAACUGUGUCUCCAAUGGGGUUUGGGACAUGGGCUUGGGGGAAUCAGCUUUUGUGGGGAUAUCAAGAAUCCAUGGAUGAUGAGCUUCAACAGAUAUUCAAUCUUGCUGUUGAGAAUGGUGUUAAUCUUUUCGAUACGGCGGAUUCUUAUGGAACUGGGAAGUUAAAUGGCCAGAGUGAAAAGCUUCUGGGCAAGUUCAUUAGGGAGUAUCAAGGACGAAAGCAGGAAGCAGACGAUGUUGUGAUUGCCACGAAGUUUGCUGCAUAUCCAUGGCGUCUUACACCUGGACAAUUUGUCAAUGCUUGCAAGGGUUCUCUGGAUAGGAUGCAAAUUGAGCAAAUAGGAAUUGGACAAUUGCACUGGUCAACAGCAAACUAUGCACCUCUACAGGAGAAAGCACUUUGGGAUGGUUUAGUGGCAAUGUAUGACAAGGGUUUAGUUCAGGCAGUUGGGGUGAGUAAUUACGGGCCAAAGCAGCUCCUCAAGAUAUAUGAAUAUCUUCAAGCACGUGGAGUCCCCUUGUGUUCUGCUCAGGUUCAAUUUUCAUUAUUGAGUAUGGGAGAGGAUCAGAUGGAGAUCAAGACUAUAUGUGAUUCUCUUGGUAUUCGUUUAAUUUCCUACAGUCCUUUGGGACUUGGUAUGCUUACUGGGAAAUAUACACCUUCUACUCUUCCAAGUGGACCGAGGGGCCUCCUAUUUAAACAAAUUAUACCCGGACUGGAACCUCUACUCGAUUCCCUAGGUAAAAUUGCUCAAAGAAGACGGAAGACUAUACCGCAGGUCGCGAUAAACUGGUGCAUCAGCAAGGGUACUGUUCCAAUCCCUGGAGUGAAGACACUGAAACAAGCCAGAGAAAAUUUAGGUGCUCUUGGCUGGUAUCUUAGUUCAGACGAGGUACUCGAGUUAGAAUCAGCUGCUCGUGAGUCUCCACGUAAAAUGAUACAGAAUGUUUUCCAGACAAGAUGAAGUCAGGAAAUGCUGAAGCAAAUAUCAGAGAAUCAAAGGCAAAUGAAGGUUGGGAUGAACUUCGCUGAAAUGCUUGUGGAACUCCAUUGACUCUUAAAGCAUGAGAUAUUUUAUAGCAUUGUGGAGGCAGGAUGCAUUUGUGAAGUUCAUGCAGUUGGGCAAUGUAAACUUGUGUCAUCCUCUUUUUGCCCAACAAACUUGUAUCCAUUAAUGUAUAUACAAUGACCACCUAGAAUAAAAAAUAAAAAUAAAAUGACUACCUAAAAUAUAAGAAAUGAGAAAAUUACUUAAAA